AGUCAAUAUCACAUAAUCAGUAACAAUUUGUUCUAUUCUAAAUUUUGAAUUAAAAACAAUAAACUAAAUGGUUAACCAGAAUUAAUGUUUUCCUUUGUUAGAAAAUGAAAAUUCAAAUGUGGCGCCAAAAGAAAAAAAAAGAUUAACUUUUCUUCCCCCAAUUAGAGGAGCAAACAAAUAAAAAGACGCCCAAAGAUUAACAAUUAAAUUUCCUUGGUGUUUGUUUUGGUCAUUAAUCAACAAUUGAUCUGAAUUUUUUACUUACUUUUCUUUUGUUUUAAUUGCUAAUUACUACUCACUUUCUGUGUCUGUGUUGAUCGUUGAAACAUAAAUCAAAAUGGUUCAAGGAGGAAUGUCUUGUGUAAAAUAUAUUCUUGGUGUUUUCAAUUUUGCCUUUUUCUUGUCAUCCAUUGGUAUCAUUACUCUUUGUGUACGAGCCAUAGGAAUGCCUGAAUCAGCAGAGAAGAUAUUGGAUGUUGAUAAUCGCCAUUUAAUUGUUAUGAUCGCUGCUUCAAUUCUUUUACUGAUCAUCUCUUUCCUUGGUUGUUGGGGUGCUCUAAGAGAAAACAAUUGUAUGCUCAUUUCCUAUGGUAUUCUACUUCUCAUCAUUAUCGCCAUUGAAGUUGCUGUUGGAACCCUUGCCUUCCUUUAUAGUAACAAGGUAGAAGAAAUGGCUUACAAGGGAAUGCGUAAAUACAUUGAUGAAUAUCAAUGGGACUCUGAUAAUUCAACAACCAACAAGAUUAUUGAUGAUUUACAAAAGAAUGUUAAAUGCUGUGGAGCCUACAAUUAUACCGAUUAUGAGAGCCAAUUUGGUGACAAACUUCCCUUAUCUUGUUGUGGAAAACUCAAAUCUAAAUCAGCCAUUAAUCUAUCAAUGUCUACCCCUGGAUCUACAUCUUCGGGUUCAGCUGCAGUAUUUGAUGGAUACUCAUCUCCUUUUACUGGAGUUACCAACAAUGAAACUUGCAGCUCUGCUGAUGCUUUCAAAGAUGGAUGUGCUCACAAGCUUUGGGACUUGAUGAUUAAAUACUAUGGUCCAAUCGGUGGUAUCCUCAUCGGUGUAGCUGUUAUUCAAUUGCUUGGUUUCAUAUUAUCAUGUGCAUUUGCUCACAGUAUCAAGAAAGAUUAUGAAGUAGUUUAAUCAACAAUCAACAGUAAACACUUGCUAUGAUUAAAACCUCUUUAAAGCACAAAGGCUCAAUCACCAUUGGAAGAUAAUUAUCUGGAUUAAACGAAUGGAACAAUUAACCACCACUACGCGCACACAACAAAAAAAAAAUCAGACCAAAGGAGAAAAUCUCAGAGAACCAGAAUGGAAAAAGAAAAUGAAUUUUCUUCAUUACUUGUUGACAAUUGAUCGUAAACAAUUUAUCUUGAUUGUCUCAUUACAAUGUAUUGGUGUCUGCUGGUAGUAGAAAGAAAAUCUUUGUCAUCCUAAAUUGAUCUUCUCUCUCUUUCCUCCUCUUUCUCUCUCUCUUUUCUCACUUUUUUCCUAAUCAAUUCGUUUCAUGUUCCAUCAUUUCAAUUUUUUCUAAUGAUUAUCACUCAUGGUGUUUGUUUGCUCAUCAUUACAAUUAACAUUAUUACAACACAAUUAAACCAUCAACAAGUGUGUGUACAUAUAAGAAAAAAACAUUUACAUUAAAACUUCAUUGAUAAGUCAA